AUGGCGCCGUCGCACUCGCCGUCCGGCCGCGCGCGCGGGCACGGCGAGUUCCUGCGGUCGUGGGAGAGCGCGGCGCCGCUGAUGGACAGUCAGCUGCGCCUGUGCGCGACGGUGGAGGCGCAAUGCGCGCCGUUGCCGCAUGCGAAGCCGCCCGAUUCGGCGGCCGUGCCGCGCACGGGGGGCGGAGAGGAGGAGGACGCGGCAGGAAGAGCGCGCGGGGGAGCGCACCCGUACAAGGGCGUCGACGGCCUGCGCGGGCUCGCCACCGUCGCCACGGCGGAGGACUUCCACGUCUGGCACGACGAGAUGGAGCGCCGCCUCGAGGAGGCCAACGAGCACAAGUACCGCACGCUGGUCGUCUCGCUGCAGCGCGAUCGCGACACGGUCGAAGGCCUGCUGCGUGUGGCGGACGCGGCGGACGAGGCGCUGCGCCGCGUCAAGGAGGGCAGGCGCCUCGUGGACGAGGUCGUGGUCCGGUUCAAGUCGGACUGCGAGAAUAUGGUCUCGGAUCGGAAGAAGAUGGGCGAGCUGGCAGACGCUUUGCGCAAGAGGCUCACCUACUUCGAGGAGCUGGAGACGCUCACCACCAAGUUCGGCGGCGGGAAGGAUGCUAUCGACCCUACCCACCCUGACUUCGUCAGGCUCCUGCAUCGUUUGGAUGAGUGCGUGGCCUACGCGUCGAGCUCGACCGGAGCCGUCGCGGAGGCCGACGGUUAUCUCGCUAGGUUUCUCGAGCUGCAGAGGCGCGCCUUCACUUCGGUACGCGACCAUACGGUUACUGUGCUCAGGGAUACCGCGAAUACUGUUGCGAAGGAGCUCAAGAGCGAUCGCGCGAGUGGCGCGGGCUUUCGACAUGCCGACUUGACCGACGCGUCCAAGGAGUAUUUGCGCUUUCGCACCAUUGCCCCAAAGGUCAAGUCGCUUAUGACCGAGCUGCACUCUCGCGCCAAGAUGAAUCCCGCUGGGAAGGGGCCGCUGACUGGAAGGGAUGGCGGUGGGGAUGCCAGAGGGACGUACGGCCGGGCGGUGAAUUCCAUUUCGGACCCGUACUCGAAUCCCGCAGCGAGCGGGAUCUCGGGGCUUAAUACUAACCCGGCGUUUUCGACGAGGAGCACUGCGCUUUAUUUGUACUCUGAUUGUGAAGAAUGCUUUUUUGAGCAGCGGAAGAAUCUGCUGGAACCGUCAGUGGCGGCGCAUAUCAAGAGUUUGGGUGAUGUUCGGAAUAUGAUCGCGCUAGCCCGGCUGGGCUCGGCGCACGUGCUGCGCGUUUGCCAGUUGGAAAGGCAGCUCUACGAGCACUUUUUCCCAUCCGAGGCCUCGGAUGCCGAUGAGAGUGCCAUGCUGCUAUCUGCUUUACGCGGCGUUUGCGACAUGGUAUAUAUCGAACUGAGGCCGCAAAUCGUCCAGGAGGAUGACCUCGACAAGCUCGUGUAUCUCAUUGAAGUCCUCAAGACAGAGAUUCUUGGGGACGAGGUGCCGCGCCGUGGGUUCGCAGGGAAGGCAUUUGCUCCGUCCGCCGUGCGUGCAAUAGCCGACGCCCAAGAGCGGAUUAUCUUCCGUGCGGAGGUGUUUAUGCGUGACGGAAUUCGUGGUUUUGUACCGAAACCAGAGCAUCUGGAUUAUCCAGAAAGAAUCCUCGAGCAUCAGAGGCAGAUAGCUGCGGCUUCUCGAGGCACUCCAGGUGCGGGUCAACCGACUUCGGCGGGGGCUAGCUCGCAUGGAGCAGGGGCCGAGGGAAGCGAGUCGUCGGAACGCACCUCGCCAAAGAAUGAAGUGCGAAGUAUUGGCAUAUACGCAACAUGGUAUCCACCUGUGGAGCGGACGCUAAGGCUACUAUCGAUGCUCUAUCGAUGCGUUGAUGGCGAGGUGUUUGCCGGAGUUGCGCAAGAGGCUGUUGCGAUUUGCGUACAAUCGGUUGGCUCUGCAGCAGCAAGAAUUGCUGCGAUGGAUAAGCCAAAUGCAGAGGAUCACGCACAAUUGUUUCUUGUGUGGCAGCUGCUGAUGACGCGCGAGCAAAUAUCCCCUUUUGAUGUGGAAAUGAGCUACACAGAGCAUGAGCUCGAUUUCUUUGAGCUUCGUUCCCUGUUGGGUUCUGUGAUGAGGGGACAGUUAUCGGCAAGAUCAUUGACUGCUCCUCCAACUGUGAGAGCGACAGUAGUGGAUUCGAAACGGGAACUUGACCAUCGCGUGCGGGGGGCGUGUGAGUCGUUUAUUCUGAAGACGACGCGAUUGCUUCUUGAUCCUGUGUUGUCUUUUCUCGCCAAGUGCAAUGCGCUACCAGUACCGCGGAAGGGUGCACACACCGAAUUGGGUCCCGGGCAAGUACCCGCGACGCCCCCCAAGGCUCCGUUUGAUAUUUUGAAAGCCAAUUCCGGGUCGUUUGCGCAUCCGAAGCGCCUGCGGGAAACAUGGCAGAAGGUGAAUGAGGCUGUAAGUAAUGAGCUACCGGCGCUAGUGAAUCGAAUGAAGAUCUACAUCUCUAAGGCAGCCUCUCGGGCGGUGUUGCUACGUCCUAUUCGAGCAAAUAUCGCUGAGGCGGCGACCGAGUUGCUCUCGUCACUGCAACUGCGGUACACGUUGGACGAGCGAGAAGUGAUUGGUAUAGACGGCGAACAAGUAGGAAAACUACUGGACGAGGUAGAUAGCAUUAUGGGAAUUGCAGCGCGAACACCGAUGGCCGUGAACCGAUCUUGACGGGGGGAAAGCGAUGUGCGAUGUAAAAAAACAGACUGGCCAGUGAAGGUUUUUGAUCUUG